AUGUCAUGGGGAUUUCCGGUGGUGAUGUGCCUAUACAUACCCACAGAGACAUCCUCUCCAACCUCACACCUUCACAUUUCUUCUCUCUCGAGCGUUCCAUCAAUGGCUGUAGCUGGUAGCGGCAGUUUCCAGGACGGACGUAUUGCCUCGAAGCGUCUCAUGAUGCUCGUGGCCCUGCUUCUCGUCUCCUGCUGUCUCGGCCAUGGCUUCGGCGAUGAGGAUCAUGUCGAGGUGGAGGGAAUCGGCAGCAGUUGCAUGGAAAGCGAGAGGCGAGCUCUCCUCGCCAUCAAAUCUGAUAUGUACGACCCCGACAACUGGUUUUCUUCUUGGACCGGCAAAGACUGCUGUGGGUGGAGAGGUGUGGCGUGCGACCACACCACCGGCCAUGUCACCAAGCUCGACCUCCGCUACCCCUACACAUACACAACCACAUACUUAUACACAACCGAUCUGUGGGAUGUGUUUAACGACGGGGAUACAAUAGGCGUCAGCAAGGUAAAUCCAUCUUUGCAAGAACUGAAGCAUUUGAAGUAUUUGGAUUUGAGCAUGAAUAACUUCUCCCACGCCCCUGUGCCCACAAUGAUCGCUUCACUGGUCCACUUGGAAUAUCUCAACCUAUCUAAUGCCAUGUUCGAUGGACUGAUUCCUCCUCAGCUGGGGAACCUCUCAAACCUACACUAUCUCGACCUUCAGGGAUGGCAUUAUGAUGAUUUACAUGUUGAUAAUCUCGAUUGGCUCUCCCGUAUUCCUUCUCUAAAAUAUCUUGAAAUGAGUUAUGUCAAGCUCUCCAAAGCAACCAAUUGGUUCUACAUAAUUAAUUCAAUCUCCACACUUGAAGUGCUACAUUUGAUUUAUGUAGACCUGCCAUAUGUUCCAUCUCCUUUGCCCACUUUUAAUCUGACAGCCAUCACUACGUUGGAUCUGUCUGGGAAUUCCAACGUCACGUCUGCCAUGCUAAGAUGGCUUUCUAACGCCACCAGCCUCGAGAACCUCCUUCUUUCUGGCUGUGGGAGUCUCACUAUCGAGUCGGUACAAGUUGCUCUAGGAGGUCUCCUUAAUCUGAAGAAAUUGGAUUUAUCAGCCAACUCCCUUAAAGGAGAAAUUCGUGAAAUUCUGAACAAUGGAAUGUGCGCAGAUGUCAUCGGGAUUUCCGGUGGUGAUGUGCCUAUCAUUCAGGACAUGCAGAGCUUUGUUUUAGGUGUUAUCAAAUUUGCUGCUGUUUUGGUGUUCCUAUAA